CAUCUUCAAAAACCCUAGCUGUUCUUCCAUCGUCGGCUCGGGCUAUCACAGGAUCAAGGAAUGGCUCCGAAACAGGCCAGUUCUGGGCUUUUUGUUGGUCUGAACAAAGGCCAUGUGGUUACCAAGAAGGAGCUAGCUCCAAGGCCCUCAGACCGAAAGGGAAAAACAAGCAAGAGAGUCCAUUUUGUCCGGAACCUAAUCAGGGAAGUCGCUGGAUUUGCACCAUAUGAGAAGAGGAUAUCUGAGCUUCUGAAAGUUGGAAAGGAAAAGCGUGCUUUGAAGGUAGCCAAGAGAAAGUUGGGCACUCACAGGAGGGCAAAGAGGAAGAGAGAGGAGAUGUCUAGUGUUCUCCGAAAGAUGAGGGCUACCGGAGGUGGUGACAAGAAGAAAUAAACAUUCUCGAACUAGGGUUAUGGUGAUGUCUUAUUUUGGAAGUUCAAUGAGUUGAAGUAUGAGCUGAUUUACAUUUUCUGUGUAUUUUUGUUGCUUUUCGAAACAGAUUUACUAAACAAAGUUCCCCUUAAUAUUUUCAGUCCUUUGUAGACUAUUUUCCGCUAUCCUUUCGUAAAUUCGCCUACUUCGUAUCAUUUCUGGUUUGGAUCAUGAAGGUUUUUCAGUCCUUUUGAUCUAGCUGUGUCAGUG